AUGUGCAACACCAAAACUUUAUUCAAACAAACUGUUCGAUUUUAUGAUACUAUAACAUUAAUUAUAAAAGAUGAAGCAGCAAAUGUUUUUCUUGAAAUUUCACCACAUCCAGUUUUAAGUACAUCUAUUCGUGAAUGUUAUGAAUUAACAAAUCAACAACAAUCAUCACCUCCACUUAUUCUCCCAACAUUAAAACGAAAAGAAUACGAACAAAUAACAUUAUUUACUAGUUUAGCACAACUUACAACAUUAUCUCAAGUAUGGCAACAAUAUUUUCAUACUCGUCAAAUUUUACCGUUGAAAAAUCAUGAAGAAUAUUUUGAUAAUUUUCCAUUAUAUAAAUUUCAUUUGAGUCCAUGUUGGUAUGAAUCAAAAGAUUCAUCUAUACAACGUUUAGCUAAUCAUCAUAAAAUUCAAGAUGCAAUUCUUUUCCCGGCUGCUGCUUAUCCUGAACUCGUAACAACUGCUUGUCAUCAAUUACUUCCCCCAAAAGAGGAUGAUCAACAACAACUAACACUUAUUUUUGAAGACGUAAACUUUAAUAAAGCACUUAUUCUUAAUGAACAUGAAUUGAUGGAAGUAUUUAUACAAAUAAUUAUGCCAAUGCGUGAAUGGUAUAUUAUAUUUUGUAAUCAAGAUAAUCGUAAUAAAUAUUCAUUAAAUGAAUUUACUUUAUAUGCACAAGGCAAAAUUGAAAUAGAUUCUAAACAACAAAAAUCAUUAACAAUACCUGAUAGAUGGACCAUACAAGAUAUACGAAGUGCUUAUGCACAUCUUUCAACACGUGCUUAUCAAUAUGGAUCUAUUCUAUUACCAGGUGUUGAAACAACAUUUCUUCCUGUACGUAUUCAAAAAUUUAUUUAUUCAAGUAAAACAAAAAUAAAAACGAAUCAGUCAACAAAUAUCGAAGUAUGUGGAAACUAUUAUGAUAAUAUAUGGGGUAUAGAUCAAGAAGAAAUAUAUAAUCUUGAUUUAUGGACAUUUCCAAUGGAUAAUAAAAUCGAAGAACCAAUAUUUACAUUUGAAAGUAUUGUUAUUCAGCAGAUUCAAGGUGUACAAUCUGGUCGAUGUAAUCAAGAUUUAAUUGAAUCAAUAGGACCAUUUAAUGAAUUAGCUGCUUAUUAUGCUCAAAUGGCAAUAAAAGAUCUUGAUUUGAAUCAACAACAUCAUCCAUUAUUAAAUGCGUGUCAUUCUCUUGCUUCAACUUUACAUGAAGAAGUAACAUGGCAUUCAACACAACUUCGUCUUAUUCAAUUAAUUGAGCGUUUUCCUCGUUUAAAACCAUUUUUAAUAACAUUAAAUAAAUAUGGUUUACAUUUAAAAGAUAUUCUUAACAAUUCAUUUGAAAAUUAUCGAUUACGUAUAUUUUGGUUAACUGAUAGUGAUUGUUCAGAUGUUUUACCUAUUCUUGAUCUUCUUCUUAAUUUAUCACAACAAACAGGUUUAUUAAUUGAUUUACAUUAUGAAGAUUCUGAUCCAGUACAACUUGCAAAUGCUCAACAAACAUUUAAUACACAUCUAACUAAUCAAAAAAAAAUUUCUCUAUUAUUUAUGAUGAAACAAUUGAUUUAUAUGAUAUUAUUAGUCAAAAAAACAAUAUCAAAAGAAAUAUUACAAAGACUUGAUGAAAGAAAAAAUCAAAUAUGGUUAAUAUUUACUAAAGAUGAUAAUAAGAAUAAUAUUCUAUCAUCAUUAUUACCAUGUUCGAAUAUUAAAAUUUUUGAUAUUCGUAAUUCAACUUCAGAUAUGAUUUGUUUUGGAAUACCAGUUCUACUAACUACUUAUAAACAAGUAUCUAUUAUUUUUGCAUGGCAACUUGAUCAAGUAUCAUUGAAUGAAAAUAAUGAUGAUUUAGCAUUUAAACAAAAUGAAGAACUUAUAUGUGGAACAUUAUCACGUAUUCUUCAAACAAUUCAAAAAUCAUCACCAUAUUUUCAUCCAUUUGUAUAUGUUCUUACAGAUCAUGCUCAAUUUAAUAAUGAUUCGAAUCUUAAUAUAAUUGCAUCAUCAUUUAUUGGUCUUGCACGAAGUUUAAUAACUGAAUAUGAACGACAUCGAUUACAACUUAUUGAUCUUCAAACAUCAUUAAAUAAUAAUAAUCAAUCAAUAUUUAUUUAUACUUUAAUAGAAUAUAUGAUUAAUUCAAGAUAUUCAACUGAUACUUGUGAAGUUGUUCUUCGUCUUAAUGAUACAAAUCAAAAUCAAGUUUAA